GCCCAGCGCGGCGGGACGGGUCUUGCGCGGAGGAUGGAGGCAACCGGCGGGCGGCUGAGAGAAGGAGCCGCCCCGUGAGGGAGGACGCGGGAGCGUAGAGGCCUGCUCGGGGCCGCCGGGCCCUGCUCGGGCGGGGACCCCGCGGCCAGGCCGCGCCUCAGCAGCGUUCGGGCCUGCUCCCCCGGCGGCCGCCCAAGGCGGGGGGGGGGGCCCGGCCCGGCCCUGCCCGCCGCCGGGGGCUGCCCCCCGCGCUCCUCGCCGCCGGGCCCCCUCGCCCCCCGGGGGGCGGGUUUGCCGGGGGGGCGGGAGCGCGGAGGGGGCCGGUUGGGGGGUGUCGGGGCGCCGGCCUUGCGGGCCCCCCUCGGGGCGCUGCCGCCCGCCCUCGGCGCCGCUGCCCCCGCCAGGGCGUGCUCCCUCCGGGCCGGGGGUAGGCGAAGCACCAUGGUGGAGAAGCGGUGCCCGCGGCUGCAGCGGGACGGCGUGUACCGCUGGUUCUCCGAGCUGCCCUCCCCGCAGCGUGUGGAGUUCCUCUGCGGCCUCCUGGACCUCUGCAUCCCGCUGGAGCUGCGCUUCCUGGGCGCCUGCCUGGAGGACCUGGCCCGCAAGGACUACCACUCCCUGCGCGACUCCGAAAUCAAGGCCAACAACCCCGCCGACCUGGGGAGCCUCACCAACCUGACGGACGAGGUGGUGCGCAGCAAACUUUUGGUCUCUCUCGCCCUGCUCGGGUCUGCCCACCGAGAGGCGGCCGGGGUCCUCUUCCGUACCCUCACCCACAUCGAUUCGGUCAUCAACAACUAUGGGCUACAACUCAACGAGGGCCGCACGGGGGAUGAGUUCCUGUUGCUCUUCACCAUGGCAUCCAACCACCCUGCUUUCAGCUUCCACCAGAAACAGGUGCUGAGGCAAGAGCUCACCCAGAUCCAGAAUAUCAUGGCCAGCACCAGCAAGAAUCCCAGCACCUCUACCCUCAACACCAUGGCAACCUAUCCUGGCUGCCAUAAGGUCACUCCAAGAUCCGAGACCCCCAUCAACAGUGUCAGUAACAGUUUGGAAAAUGUACUACAUACAUCAACACAUUCCAUUGAGGAGUCAUUACCCAAGAGGCCUUCGGGGAAACACUCCAAAGUGAGUGUUGAAAAAGUAGAAUUAAAGGGACUGGCACACAAGAAGAAUGAAAGAAAUGUUGAAUAUUCCUUUGAGGUCCUGUGGUCUGAUUCUUCAGUGACGUUGGUAACCAAAUCUUCCACUGAAGUGACUGAAUUUAUUUCAAAGCUAUCUCAGCUGUAUCCAGAAGAAAACUUGGAGAAAUUCAUUCCUUGCCUAGCUGGUCCAGAUUCAUUUUACCUAGAACGGAACCACAUGGACCUGGAAUCGGACCUUAGGUAUUUGGCACCAUUACCUUCCCAUGUGGUGAAAAAUGACCAUGUUAGAAAGUUCUUCAGCACUUCAUCUCCUUCACAGCAACUUCAGAGUUCAAAUCCUGGCAACCCCUCCCUGUAUAAAGUAGGAACUACGCUGGGAACAUCUGGAAGACCUAUAUGUGGAGUGGCUGGCAUUCAGUCUUCUCAGAAUCACGUUCAGCACUCGGCUGCUGCUCCCGUUGCACUACCCCACUGUUCCCAUGCAGGAGGUACUGGCUCAUCGCUGGCCUAUCGCACCCAGAUGGACACCUCUUCUUCACCCAUGUUAAUGUCUUCCAGUCCACAGACCCCUCAGACACAGGAGCAAAAUGGGAUCUUAGACUGGCUCAGGAAACUGCGGUUGCACAAAUACUAUCCUGUCUUCAAACAGCUCACCAUGGAGAAGUUUCUGAGCCUUACUGAGGAAGAUCUCAAUAAGUUUGAAUCCCUCACCAUGGGAGCAAAGAAGAAGCUCAAGACCCAGCUAGAGUUGGAGAAAGAAAAAUCGGAGAAACGGUGCCUAAACCCCACAACACCUUCUUCAGUUACCAGCAGCGGUGUGGCAAGGGUUCCCCCUACUACGCAUGUAGGGCCUAUCCAGAGUAUUCGUGGCAACCAUGCUGCAGAGCUGCGAGUGGAUGUGGAUCAGCCAGCCCACCCACUGCCCCGGGAGGGCAGCUCUUCUGAGUACUCCAGCUCUUCUUCCAGCCCCAUGGGGAUCCAGACAAGGGAAGAGAGCUCAGACAGCGCCGAGGAGAACGAGAGACGUUUAGAGAUUCACUUAGACGGUUCAGAAAAGGAGAAGCCAGUGAUGUUACUGAAUCAUUUCACUUCGAGCUCUGCCAGACCCACGGCUCAGGUCUUACCAGUGCAAAACGAUGCAGGCUCCAAUCCGUCCGGCCACCACGCUCUGCCAAUGCAAAUGAUGUCAGCGGCCUCUACUCAUAUCACCCCCAUUCGGAUGCUAAAUUCAGUGCAUAAAUCAGACCGUGGCAAUGCAGACAUGAAGCUACUUUCAUCGUCUAUGCAUUCUCUUUUAUCUUUAGAGGAAAGAAAUAAAGUUUCUCCUGGACCUAGGGGCAGCAUAAAAAUGGAAAAGAGCUUUGGAAAUGCAGUGGUGGAUGUAAUGUCUGCAUCUUCUCCCCACCAGCCCUUGCAAGUGCUGUCAGGGGCUGCUGAGAACAGCUCACCCACAUCUACUAUUAACUUUGGUCCUCGAACCAAAGUCGUACAUGCUUCGACUCUGGACAGAGUGAUAAAAACAGCUCAGCAGCCGGGAUUAAUAGUAGAAACGAGUACUGCUGCCACUGUAACAUCCAGCACAGUCUUCCAUGUGGCUCGUCCACCCAUCAAACUCCUGGUGUCUUCGUCUCUUCCUACCGAUUCUGCCAUUGCCGGACAGACUUCCUGCUCCAGUAAUAUGCAAAUAACAGUGUCCCCUGCAAUAAUAAAUCCCCGGACUGCUCUCUACACAGCCAACACCAAAGUUGCCUUUUCUGCAAUGAGCAGCGUGCCAGUGGCGCCGAUGCAAGGCAGCUUCUGCGCAAACAGUAAUGCAGCCUCCUCCAGCAGCCACCCCUCCACAUCAUUUGCAACCAUGGCGAAUUUGCCCAGCUGCCCUGCACCCAGCUCCAGCCCCACACUCUCAUCUGUCGCUGAGAACAACUUCUACAGCAGCAGCAGCAGCAGCAGUAGCAGCAGCAGCAGCAGCAGCAGCGGAUCCGCAGGGAGCAUCCCAGUACCAAACCAGAACCAUCACCACCAUCACCACCAGCAGCAGCAGCCGCAGCCGCCCGGGUGCAUGGUGUGCAGCUCCUGCGGGUGCAGCGGGAACUGUGGUUCGAGUGGUAUGACCGUCAGCUACGCUAACUAUUUUCAGCACCCCUUUUCAGGACCUUCAAUGUUUACUUUUCCGUUUCUGCCCUUCAACCCUUUGUGUAGUAACGGCUAUAUCAACACGCAGCAGUACAACAGCAGCACGACUUUCCCCGUGGUCCACACCGCUUACAACAGCGGUAUAGCACCGGACUCCGUAAUGACUGGGCAGUCGACGUUUGCGGUACCGCCAAUGCAGAACUUUAUGGCAGGGACAGCAGGGGUGUAUCAGGCACAGGGAAUGAUGGGAAACAGCAAUGGUUCAAGUCACAAAAAAAAUGGGAAUCUCUCCUGUUACAACUGCGGGGCCAGUGGUCACAGAGCUCAGGACUGCAAACAGCCUCCGAUGGAUUUCAAUCGACAAGGUACGUUUAGGCUGAAAUACGCUCCUCCCUCUGAAAGUCUUGACUCCACAGACUGAUAUUUUAUCUGGCAAGAAAAUACUGUAAGCCAUGGAGAUACAAGGAGAUUGAAAUACAAAACUGAGACGUCCAGUUGCUGUUAAGCUUAAUGUAUUUUUUAAUCCAAAGGUGCUUUACUUUAUUAGACUAGGUAGAAAAUCUAGCUUAGGGGUGCAUCAAACCCAUUUUUGAUUGCCAAAUUCAAGCUUGGAUCUUGUUGUUGGAACUUCUGACUACGUGUCAUAGGACCGAUGCGUACUGGAUGGAUGGUGGAGCUGGCCAGCUGCAUUUUCUGUUGCAAGUACAACAUCCGAGGUACUUUUUUUGCUGGAGAAUGUUGCCAUAGGUGGACUUUCUAAGGUGAAAUGUCUAACUCCAGGGCAGCUACAUUCUGAAGUUGAAGCUGGAGGCUGAAGGUAGGAGCGGCCGUUCGCCAGAAGGACUUUGGCACCCCUGGGCUAGGUAAAAUGUCUACUUUUUUUCAAAAGUGAUCAGGCACUAAUCUCUGGGAUUUUUAAGGAUUGCACUACAGAAGAAUGUAAAACUCUUCAAGCUUUCUGCACUUUUAGCAGACAGUGUCACUCUGAGACCAGUGCAAGAGGCAAAGAAGUUCCAACUUUUAAAAAUUGGCACCAGCAGGCUAUGUGACUUAACUACACAAUAAAAAUCUUAAGUAAGUCUCUCCUUUCCCUUUCAAAAGAACACACAGAGCAGUUUCGGUUCCUUCUGGAAACAAACUUGUGCUUCAUUGUCUCACUUAUUACUAGAUAGUGCUGGGUUCCCAGCAGUGGAAUAAACUUAGUUUCCAAGGGUCCAAGUCCCAGAGACUCCAGAGUCAUAAAGGCUUCAAGGAUAUUUUCCUGUAAUACACAAAACAACCUUUACGUCCUGUUACUGUAUAUAGGUCUCUUUCACAGAAACCUUAUUAUUCUGCUUUUGUAAAUGAAUUUUAAACCAUCCUAAAAAAGAACAACAACUCUGGCAGCAGAGUUUGUAAGCUUUUGCUUUACUUUAUAUAAAAAAAACCCUUUGACUCCUACCCCAAGGCUUUUGCUACAGGAUUCAGAAGUGGUAGAAGUCAAACAUGUAAAAGGUAGUAAACUUCAUUAUUAUCAAGACUUUGAAGGAUUUAUUGUCAGCCUCCUUCGUUGCAAUAGAUUGUAGAUGACUAGCUUUGGUGUUAACUACUUAGCGUACAUAAUUUGUGGGUGACAAAUCUAAAUUAGGACUUGAGAGGAAGCCAAACAAAUCUUGAACUGCUAAUUUGAAACAGUUUGGUCCUGUCUGGUUGAAAGAAGAUACUAAUCCUCAUGGCUCACCCGAGGAAUUUGACGGCAUUAAAUGGGUGAGGCCUUCUCUUUAAAAUGUCUGACAUAGAGAUAUUUGCAUACUGUAAUUUGGAAGACACCUUUAAAGUCUGAAGCCUUGUUUACACUUGGAGGUAUUUCUUACACCAAUUUAAACCACACCAGGAUGAAUAGUAUUUGUAGUGGCGCAGCUGACUUUCGCUUGGAAGUGAGGGAAGUCAUAUCCGAGAAGGUUUUGAAGUGGUGCAGAGCUGCCCCGAGGAGAUCGGGCCUUAGCAAUGAAACAUCAGUGUGAGGGGGUAACGCAGUAGCUUGACAGUCGAGACCUUCCUGGACCAUGUUGAUAAGAAAGAAAUGUUCUGGGCCAUCCUUCAGUCCCGCUUUCUCAGCGGGCAGUCGUCAGCCUCGCCAGGGAGGCAAGCAGGAUAAAUGAGCGUCACCGGAGAGGCACGGUAACGUGAGAUGGCAAGAAACCAAACUCGGUCCAGGUAGCGAUCUGCAGCUCAUAGCGGAUUUGGCUUCAUGGAAACCAAAAUCUAAAUUUGCAUAAUGUUUGGUUUUAAAAAAAGAUAUUUUUUAUUCCUAUGCAAUGAAAAAAAAAAUACCAGAUUUGUGUAUCCUCAGCCCAGCUCACACUACCCGCAGUAUUGCACACACUGUUGAAACGCUUCUGUUCGCUCUGCCUGCGUUUGAGGAGGUUACCUGUGUUCUAAUGAACAACCUUCAGACCUACAACACUAAAGUGAUGAAAACUGACAAUGCAAUUUACUUUGCCUUAAUGAGCUUGAGACAAUGGUAGGAACAAUCUGUCAUACUGUAUUACGCUGAAGGAAAUGUGCAGUUUUCAGUGACGAUGUUUACUAUUUCCAGCUUUGAGGGUCUCUCCAGUGGCCUGGAACAUGUGCUGAAAGCCAAACCUUAACAUUAUUUUUUUUUUUUUCCACUUUUUUUAAACAAUGUUUUAAAACUGAAUUGUAUUUAAAUAAACUGUAUUUCAACACACAUGCAAGUGUUAAAAACCCUCUCAAAAUAGCAAAAAUCAACAGCAAAAAAAAAAAAAGAAAAUCUGUACCAGUUUCAUUUUGUUUUAAUGCCCAAGGCUGGGCACACAGUCUCGUCUAAUAUUCAUCACAGAGUUGAAACCAUAACAAAAGGACUGUAAAACUGAACUUCUGUCCAGCAAACUGUUUCAUUCCUUUCUUCAGAGCUUUCUUUGGGAUUGUUUCCUUUGUGUAAAGUUAAGGCUGAUGUUUCUUAAAGUGGCUUAUGUGUACUUUUAGGUAACGUUUUUAAAUGGUGGUCUGGUUUUAGAGUAAGUUCAAAUUCAGAAGUCUUGAGUACCUUAAAGCAACAUGAGUGUAAUGGAGAAAUGUUUGGUGAGCCAGCAGCAGUUGCAGAGCCUUCCCUCCAUCAGAGCGAGUUGUGGCUUCAGAUCUGCUAGUGAACGCUGUCCACUUUGUACCAAGAACCACCAAAGUUGGUAAGUCUGAAUAGAGCACUUUAGUUCCAUAGAAGAAUCCUUAACCUGUUUUCAAAGGCACAAAUCCAUCUUUUUACCCCCGAAAAGUAAGGCAGCUUGUUUUAGAAUAGUAGUUCCAGCUUCACUGGCUGAAAGAACCAGUCCUUGAAACCUAUUUUUAUACAUUGAAAGAUGGAGAUUUCAAAGAAUGCUAUUUAUUGCUAUCUUUGUCCUGAAAGUAUAAAAAGAAUUAGUUCUCAAAAUGGAUUUUGCUGUGGAAUAGAAAUGAUUUUUAGGUGUAAGACAGAAGGGAAUCCCAAGUCAUCUCGCUGCAGGGGCAUGGAGAAGUUAGCAAUGAGUCUUCCCUCGGGGGAGUGAGCGACGUGCGGUGCAGUUUCAGAAGUGUUUUCCGUUUGGGAGUGUUGGUGAUGGAAGUACUCGAAACAGGAUGGAAUUUCCAGCAAACUCCUCCUCGCGCUGGCAGUCUGCAAAUUAAGCAUUAAUAGAUAUGCCAGGCUUGACGCUAAACAGGAGGAGAAUGAAGAGGGAAGCCUCAUUUUAGCAAACGAGGUAUUUGGAUCAGAGUUCCACAAUACUUUUCCUUAAAACAGCAUGUCACACUCCACUUUUUGUGAAACUUUUUCAUGCCACGGUCAUUAAAUCUUGGCAAAUUAAGUGCCAGACUUCCGAAAAUAACAGUCUAACACUAGACCUUUACCAUUACCCAGAGUUCUGUUUCAUGCUACUUCUCGCUGGCAAGCUUCAGGGUGAAGGUACUCAAAAAUUCAAUGUAGUCUGUGGUAUUCAGCAGAGUGACACUCCUCCCCAAAAUAAAAAUGACAUCAUCGGAAACCCCUGCAUAUGGGUUAGCUGUCUAUUUGUUUAUUGGCGGUCACGGACACUCGGAGCUGUGGAUUUGGGGUAGUCUAGAACGCCUGUUAAAUGAGAUGGAUGUGGGCAAAUCUGCACAGAAAUCCAUGUAAUUGAGCACUCACAAGAGUCUAGAAAACACUUUUGCUGGUUGAGGCCCCGGUAACCCUCCUGCCGCCCCUGCCCGCCACCAUCUCUUGUAAUAAACCCUUGGAACUACCCAUUUGCUCUCUUAAAUUUUUUCUUAUGUAAGCAAGAAAUGUGUUGGUACUGAAGCAGAAAGCAAAUCCUGUGUGUUUUCAAGUGCAGAUUAACAGCUUCUCUUGGACAUAACUUUCCACUAGGAAUGAAGGAAACUCCUGCUCCCAUUUGAGCCAUUUCUUUUACUUCGGUCAAUUCUAGUAUUACAAAUUGUGCAUGUAACUUUAUAAAUAUUUUAAAUAGUUUUGUAAAUAUUUAAUAUUCAGCUAAUUUGAUUUUGAAUUGUAAAUGUCAAGUAUUCUGGUAUUGGGAUUUUUAUGUUUUAUUAUACUUUGUUAAAAGUAAAAUUGUACAUUUUUAGAAUGUUUUUAUCUGAGUAAAUUUAAUGUAUGGAAAAUAAAGAGUUAAACAGA